UCUCGCAUUCCACCAUUGACUGUGCAACCAACUUCGGGUUUGCGGGAGUUUGGUUACCGAAUAUGGGGUUUGUUCAAUGCUGUCCUGCACACUGAUUUCAAGAAUUACCUAUAAAGAAAACGAUGGAAAGAAGCUCCUAAAAAUUGGACAAAGACGUGAAUUGAACACGGGAGGAGUAGAAGAAAGAACUAAAGGAUCAUUCCUGCAGCUCCAUCUGUAUGUCUGCCAGAACGCAGAGAGAGGGAGCUUUAUUGGAAAUUCUUGAACCUCCAGCGGGACGCAAGAGAUCUCACCCCCAAACUUCCAAAACUCCCAAAGUCUUGGGAUCAAGUCAACAAACUGAUGCAGACGUCUUCAACUUUUCAUAGAAGGGCGUAAGGCUGCUGGCUGGCUGUCCUGUUCCGUCACAGAACAGAAUACUGAGCAGAGGACAGAGCCCCAAUGCCAGUGGACAUGCAGCCACAUCAGGGGCUGUAUCAUUAUGAGUCUACACCCAACCAGCCGCCUAGAGGCCUUGCUUCUUCAGGAAGGUCUACCUACAGUGAAGUGUCAUCCCUGCAUGCUCCGCUCCACAAUGGCCAUCCUCAGGACUGCAGGAACAUGUAUAACCCAAUGACCCCUAACCCCAGAAUCAAUCCUAACUCCGGUGUCAACUCCAUGGACCAGUACAUGAGACCCCCUCUGGCUCCCCCACUGCACAGCAUGAUGGGACACCGAAGCAUGAAUCAGUCCUCCGACGGUGGUAAUAGCACCCCCUACUGUCACAACAACCUCAUGUCAUCCCACCAUGGCUUCCCCCAUGGACAGGGAUUAGACCAUGUGGGAGACGGUAAGAAAAUAACUGGAUCGUGUUUAUUUCCGCUGCAAAACGCUUUAAAAUGCUUUCCGUUGCAAUGCCCCCUCUCCGCUCCUCAUCUCCUCGCCUCACCCAUCCUUUACCUCCCAAUCUCCCUAUCUCCUCUUUUCUCUCCCCCUCCUCCUCCUUUCGCCUCCCCAGGCUCGCGUUUCUCAACGCCUCGCUCCAUGCUGAAGCUGAGUAAGAAGCGUGCCUUGUCCAUCUCGCCGCUGUCUGACGCCAGCGUGGACCUACAGACGGUCAUCAGAACCUCUCCUAACUCCCUGGUGGCCUUCGUCAACUCACGUUGUGGACCCAACGGAGCCAGCUCCUACGGACAUCUGUCUGUGGGCGCCAUGAGUCCAUCAAUGGGUUACUCCAACUCAAUGAACUACCAGUCCAGACAACAGAGCUCUAUGUAUGGUGGACACACCCCUGGACCCUGCCUAGCCCCUCCCCCGACUACCCCCCACAACCCCCGCCUCCACGCACCAAAACACGGACACCUAAAGACAGAGCCAGUGCUGGGUAGUGUGAUGGAUGGGAUCAACAUUAAGAGUCUGGAGGAAAGGUCUGAGGGUGACAUGGCCAGCCCAUCCUCUACUGGCACACAGGAUCCUCUGAUGGGUCUGCUGGAGGGGCGGGAGGAUCUGGAUAAGGAGGAUAAACCGGAACCAGAGGCCAUCUAUGAGACCAACUGCCACUGGGAGAGCUGCAGCAAGGAGUUUGACACGCAGGAGCAGCUAGUCCACCACAUAAACAACGAGCACAUCCAUGGAGAGAAGAAGGAGUUUGUGUGCCACUGGCAGGAGUGUUCCAGGGAGCAGAGACCUUUCAAGGCCCAGUACAUGCUGGUGGUUCACAUGCGCAGGCACACAGGAGAGAAACCUCAUAAGUGUACUUUUGAGGGCUGUAAUAAGGCCUACUCUCGCCUGGAGAACCUGAAGACCCACCUGCGGUCUCAUACAGGGGAGAAGCCGUAUGUCUGUGAACACGAGGGAUGCAACAAAGCCUUCUCCAACGCCUCAGACAGAGCCAAGCACCAGAACCGCACACACUCCAACGAGAAGCCGUAUGUGUGUAAGAUCCCCGGGUGUACGAAACGCUACACAGACCCCAGCUCUCUGCGGAAGCACGUGAAGACAGUCCACGGCCCUGAGGCUCACAUCACUAAGAAGCACCGAGGAGACACUGGGCCCCGGCCGCCUGGCUCAUCACUGACCCCUGGGGGACAGUCUGGUGAACUGCUGUUGGAGAAAGAGGAGACUAGACACAGGGAGGACUGCAAACUGCUGGCGCCUGAAUCUGCUCUGAAGUCUCAGCCCAGUCCGGGUGGCCAGUCGUCCUGCAGUAGCGAGCGUUCUCCACUGGGGAGCGCGAACAACAACGACAGUGGUGUGGAGAUGAACCUGAACGCAGCAGGGAGUCUGGAGGACCUGACCGCUCUGGAGGACGGAGGGGCGGGAGGAGGAGGGGAAGCUGGGGGAAGAGGGCAGGGCAUGGCAGGGAUGGGGGGCACGUCGUCUCAGGCCCUAAAGAGACUAGAGAACCUGAAGAUAGACAAGCUGAAACAGAUCAGAAGGCCCACUCCACCCGGACGCUGUGGUAGGAGUAGCAAGCUACCAGCACUCACAGGUUGUCCAGGAGAGAUGAUGGGAGGGAUGUGUACUCCCUCGCCCCUCCUCUCCAACCGGCGCGUCAUGGAACUGUCCAAUCACGAUCUGGGCGGCGGACCCUCUGGCAUGCCCCCCCCUAUCAGUGACCGGAGGGGGAGUGGCACCAGCAGCCUGAGCUCUGCCUACACAGUGAGCCGUCGUUCUUCCAUGGUGUCCCCCUACCUCUCCAGCCGGCGCUCGAGCGAGGUCUCCCAGUUAGGAGGAGGUGGAGGAGGGUUCCUGGGUCCUGACCAGGGAGGAGGUGACCCCCUCUCCCCUGAGACCAGCCGCCGAAGAGGGCUCUGCCAUGGUGUUGGAGGGGGAGGAGGGUUGCCAGGUCUGCCUUGUCUAACACCCGCUCAGCAAUACAGCCUGAAGGCUAAGUAUGCAGCAGCAACUGGCGGCCCACCCCCUACCCCGCUGUCCAGUAUGGAACAGGGAGCAGGGACACCCGGGAGACGAGGAGUGCUCCUCAGCGAGUACCAGGGUCAGCCGCUACCUGCGUUCCUGCAGCAGGGGGGUCAGAGGAGACACAGUGCCAACACGGGGGAGUAUGGCACUGGGUUCAUCUACCCGCACCAAGCCCCAGGGAAUGCCACCCGGCGUGCCAGCGACCCUGUCCGCUCCACCGGCGACCCACAGGCCCUUCCCAAGGUGCAACGCUUCAACAGCCUGAAUAAUGUGGCCAUGAUGGGCCGGAGGAACGCCCUGCAGCAUUGUGGGUCAGACGCCAACAUCGCACGCCACAUGUAUUCGCCGCGGCCACCCAGCAUUACAGAGAAUGUCAUGAUGGAGACCAUGGCUACAGACUACCAUGGAGGAACCAUGGAUUCCAGGAACCACUGCAUGAUGCUUUCCCCAGGAGAGAGAGGCUUCCUGGGCUACCAGUCCCACCACAUGGGGGGUCCCACCAGCCUGUUAUCACCCAGCCACGACAGCCUGGGAUGCCCAGAGCAGGGCUACCAGACACAGGGACAGAUGUUCAUGCAGGGUGGGCACUACCAGGGCACCUCCAGAGGACCAGGUCAGGGCCAGGUGGGGCAGGGGGGAACCAUUCACCCAGAGGGGAUGUCCAACAUCUUGCUGCAGCAGGCUGAGUACAGUAUGAGUACCUGCCAGCUUAGUCCCUCUGGACCACACUACCCCAGCCUGGACCAAGGUGGCCCCGAUGGAGGUACAGGGGCCUGGGUAGAGAGCAGCCAGGUCCAGACCACUCAUGGAGUUCUUCAGACGGAGAUGCAGUAUCAGGACCAGGACUCUAUGCAGGGCCAGACACAGGGUCUGUACACCCAAGAGCCUGAUGGCGGACACAAACUGAUCAUCAAACCAGAACAGCAGCAGUACCACCCAGCCCUAGCCAACCCAGAUGCCUGCCAGAAGCAACUCCACCAACACCAGCAGCAGAGGCCCCAUCCAGGGCAGACACCCAUGCCCAUGCGACCCAUGUCCUCCCAGAGCAGUUACCCCCAGCAAGGGCAGCCUGGCCAGGGCAUGAUGAGGACCACCAACCCCAGCUGUGACUUCCAUGGAGGAGGCAUGGAGAACCAGGCCUCCAUGCAGCAAGGGAAGCAGCAGGGUUCCUUCCCCCAAAGCGGCGGCAUCAGCCUGGGGUCGGCUGCGCUGGGUGCUGGGGGCCGCUCCCAGACACCCAUGAUGCAGGUGAAGGAGAUGAUGGUGAGGAACUAUGUGCAGUCGCAGCAGGCUCUGAUGUGGGGUCAGGAGCAGGACCAGAGGGGGAUAGGAGUGGACGGGAAACCUCUUCCUCUGUCAGACAGCAUGGACAUGACAGGACAGCAGGUGGCCAUGAUGCAGCAACAGCAUAGUCCUCAACACCAACAUAAUCUCUACCCCAACCCAGGCUCCAGCUACCCAGGCUACCCUACCAACCAGAACCUGAUGAGCCCCUCGGCACACAACCGAGUCCCCAGCUCUAGCUCCUCCAUCCCCCCGACGGAGGUAUCCAUGACGGGUCUGCCUGGAGGCCCAGGGUCCUGCUACGGCCAGGAUAUGGGGACCCCUGUAGUCCCAAGACCCCCCCAGUGCCGGAAGCCCGUCAGCAGGCAGAAUAGUCUCCAGUCCCAGGGAGGUGGAGCGUACCUGGGCAGUCCUCCCCACCUCAGCCCAGUCCACUCUACCUCCAGCCCCAGACGUGUGGUCCGUCUGCCCCCUGUCCAGGGCCACAUGACCCCCCAUCAGACCCACCAGGAGAUCUUCCCCCCCUUAAACAACAUCAACAAUAACAUGUACUACUCUGGCCAGAUCCACAUGCAGCACUCUGACAUGGACAAGCAGCAGAUCCAACAAAUCAGCCACCCUCACCAGGACGCAACUCAGACCGGGCCCUGCCUCAACCAGCACCAACAGCACAUGGUAACCCACAUGGAUCACCAGGGCAAUAAGUCUGCGUCCCUAGCCUACCUUCAUGAGUCGACCCCCAUCUCCAAUGCUCUGGAGAACCUAGAUCUGGACAACGCCCAGAUAGACUUUACCUCCAUCAUCGAUGACCCAGACCCCUCGUCAUUCAGCCCCAUCAACCCUCCUCUCCACGGGGGUUCGUCCCAGACCUCGUCCCGCCUCACCACUCCUCAGACGUCCAUCACCAUGCCCCCAUCUGGGCUCCCUAACAUGGCUGUAGGAGACAUGACCUCCAUGUUGACAUCUCUGGCCGGAGAGAACAAGUACCUUAAUACACUGUCUUAGAACCCAAAGACGCGGUUCUAGAACAAGAACAGAACCCUAACACGCUCAUAAAGUUAACUAGAUGCUAAGAUCCCCGGGGGGAGUACCUAGACAUACUCUCCGAGGCUCAACUCCACUGAACAAGUACUGAAACAUUUGUCAUUUACUAGACAAGUACCGGAACACAUUGUUCUAGAACACGUGCGUGUGGAUGGACACACUGUCAUAGACUAGACUAGGGGGCUCAGCUCGGUGGCUCUGAUGUUAGGUCACCUAUAAAGAUAAAGGUACUGUAAAUAUUACCUUUCCUUCUUGACCUCCCACACACUUUUUCCCAGCUACUCCUAGAGACUUUCAACCCAAACCAAAGGUACCUAUCGAUCUUGAUCUUGCUCACAGUGUACUAUACUCUACUCACAUUUCUGGCUCGCAGAGAAGGGGAAGGGUGACAGAAUUGUUUGCCUAAAAUUACUUGCAGAAUGUUUCCAUGGGACGUCAACACCAUAACGACAUCAUCUCCAUAAUGGCGUCAUCAGCAUAACGACAUCAUCACCGUAAUAACAUUGUCACCAUAAUGACACCAACACCAUAGUGAUGUCAUCUCCAUAAUGAUUUAAUCCCCAAAACGACAGUCAAUCCAGUCAGAGGUUUUAUAGGGCAACAGAGGAUAAUAUGUAAAUAAGUUAUACAUUUACAUAUACAGUACAAGUCAAAAGUUUUGACACACCUACUCAUUCAAGGGUUUUUCUUUUUUUUACUGUUUUCUACAUUGUAGAAUAAUAGUGAAGACAUCAAAACUAUGAA